CGUGGUCGGCGAGGUGACCACUUCUUAUUGAAAAUUUCCUUAAGACAAGCAUAAAAGGGAUGUGGGGGAAAGGUUUUAUAAAAGAAGACACAUUCGUGUUCUAACACAUAACACAUAUCAACAUGUUUUUCGUCCUUUCUUUAGUUGUGUGUGCUUUGGGUGUUUCCCUCCAGGGGGCUGAGGCAGCCAGUUGCCACUUGAGAGAGGUUGAUCUGUGUUUGGCAACUGUAUUGCUUGGCGCCAGUGAAGGAAUCCCCGCUAAUGAUGAAGAAUUAGAUAAAGUUUGCGAACCAGUUCAAGAAGGUAUUGAAUGUAUCGGAAACUAUUCAGCUUCUUGCUUCACUCCUUUGUUGCAAGAGGUUUUCGACAUGGCCAUGUAUGAGCCAAAGAAAUACCAGAACCUGAUGUGCACUCACGGAACUGAUGAAAGAGCAGAAUACUUGAAACAUGCUCCUUGCCUCCAGAAAGCUCUUUCCAACGAUAAUGUCCGACCCCAUUUGGAAGAUCUGAUGGCUGGUUUGGAAAAAGCUGCUGAAUCUCAAUUCCAAGACAGAGUACCAAUCAUGUGCUGCGGACUUCAACGAAUGUACAAGAACUUGUUGGACAUUGUCGAGGGUCAGUGUGGAAAGGGAGUGGUCGAUCAAGGAGGUGCUUUGAUUGGCAUGUCUGCAUCCAGCAUUUCAGACAUCUUCUGCCGAGGAUAUGAGCCUGGAACCCCCAGAUGCGGCAGCCUUCUGCCACCCCAAGGAACCCAAUCUCAAGGUUCCAACUCCAAGAUUCAACUGAUACAGUUCCUUAACACUGCUAUUUCCAGCUGGCAAUAACUUUAUUAAUUUGUUGUAAUAUUACUUUUUUGAUUUAAUAAAAAUAUUGUUAUGUUUUCAAA